CCUGCCCUCCCUUCCCUUGCCGGGGCGGGGCGGAGCGGAGCGGCUGCGACGAAGUUGCCACAAAGUUGCGGAGUUAGGAAGUUUGUGCCGGGAGGAUGGCGGGCGGGGAGGGCGCGGGCGGCGGCGGCGGCGGGGCGGCUGAGUGCCGCGAGCAUCUCUUCAAGGUGCUGGUGAUCGGGGAGCUGGGCGUGGGCAAGACCAGCAUCAUCAAGCGCUACGUGCACCAGCUCUUCUCCCAGCACUACCGCGCUACCAUCGGCGUGGACUUCGCCCUCAAGGUGCUGCACUGGGACAGCAAGACCCUGGUGCGGCUGCAGCUCUGGGACAUCGCAGGCCAAGAACGAUUUGGUAACAUGACAAGAGUUUACUAUAAAGAGGCUGUUGGUGCUUUUGUGGUCUUUGAUGUCACAAGGGGUUCCACUUUUGAGGCCGUUUCAAAGUGGAAACAUGACUUGGACAGUAAAGUGCUACUUCCAAAUGGCAGUCCCAUCCCUGCAGUUCUUCUUGCAAACAAGUGUGACCAGAAAAAAGACAAUGGCCAGACUCCUUCUCAAAUGGACCAGUUCUGCAGGGAAGGUGGUUUCGUUGGAUGGUUUGAAACCUCUGCCAAGGACAAUAUCAACAUAGAUGAAGCUGCUAGAUUCCUGGUGGAAAAUAUACUUGCCAAUUACAGGAGCUUUCCUAAUGAAGACAACGAUGUGAGCAAGCUAAAACUGGACCCAGACCCCUUGAAAGCAGAGAGUAAAUCACAGUGCUGCUAAUGUUACUGUAACUGUGCAUGCAACUUCAAUGGAAUGAGCAGCAAGACUUGUUACUUGGCUCAGACUACUGCUAUGGUGCUGCAUUAUGACAAUCAAGUGGGAUGUUCUGUUUUCUAUAAGUGAUUAUUGAGGUGUUUAUACAUCUUGUUUGGUAUGAAACUGCGUAUCUUCUGUGAAUUGCCAUUCUUCCUUUAGUAAAACAGCAGUUACAUCUCUAGUAUUCAGAUUAACCACUUUGACAAAAAAGAGGAUGGUUUACACUUAAAGGAAUAAAAGUAACCUUCAGUUUGGAGUUGCAAUUUCUAGGAUGAAUAUAGUGUUCCAUUCCAGAAAUGGAGAACGCACUUGCCUUCAGUUGAAUUAGUACUUUUUUCUCUGCCAUGAGUUCCUUCCUUGUCCCCAACAACCUCUUCUUCCUGCAUGCCUCUUUUCUAUCGAUGCACACAGUUCUGAUUUGUUCACUACCACUGGGGCUCCCUAACAGCCUUCAAGGAGCCAUCCAGUCCAGUACUGACUGGAUAUAGGUGCAUGCCUUAAUCUAUAAACAAAGUCACAAAAGUCCCAAAGUCAAAUGAGCACACUGCCUGGCAAAUUAGAGGAACAGGAUGGGAAAACAAGUGUCAUGCAUAGCAGGGAAGUGCAGUAGACACUAAAAGUGCUUUGCCACUAGAGAUUAUUUUGCUUCAAGUGCUGUCACUAUUUGGAGUGUAUUUUCUUAGUCAAACACUUGCCUUUCUCUUAGUUCGCCUGCACAAUUAACAUGUUUUAAGGAAUGUCACCCAUAACGUAGUAAUUUUUAAAUAGCCAGACAAGACACUUAUUCAUGCACUAACACUUUUUUGCAAAGUAUUGUCUUUAACUUCAUAUGGGGAUAUUGAAAAUUAAAUGAAACUACCAUACCCUUUGGUUACUUAUCUUAAAUACUGUUAAGUCUGCAUUCAUUCUCUUUGUAGUUGAGCCUUCUGAGUAUUACCAAAUGUGCAAGAAGGAUGUCUUAGAUCAUAGUAAGAAAAAAUAACUGCUCUUAAAGACUUUUUUUCACUAGUUUUGAUACUCCAUUCAUCUAUUUCAUAGAGGCUUUCACUAAUUAAGAAUGCUGCACUUAAUUUAUGUGUGAAGAGUGAAAACAGAUGUUCAGUUUGGAACUUGGAUAUAAUAGGAAGUUCUAAAGUUGUUACCAAGUGAGGAAGCUAAUCUACAUUGGUUUACCUCUGUCUACUCCUGGUGGCAGGCAAAAUAGGUCAUGUCUUGACUCUUCCUUGUAACAUCUUUUUUUCCAGAUCUGGGGAGCUUCGGCUUGCUGACUUGAAGAUGUAACAUCUUCAGUAUCUGGUGAUCUUGUAUUAAUUGUACUCUGCUUCCUCACUGGCUUAGGCUGCAUUUUUGGCUAGGCAUAACAUCAAAAAUGCUGCUGAUGUCAGAAGUCUUUUGCUUGGCCUGUUGAAAGUGCAAAGUAGCCCAUAAACUCUGCUCAUGUGUUUGGUUUAAAUGCACUAGAAUAUUUAUGACUACUUUUUUUGAGAUAAAUGUGCCUAAACUGGUUUGUGGUGUUUCUUUUGUGAAAUAAAUGUCUUGCACAUUCAAGUUGUCAAAAGCCCACGAUUUACAGAGACACUUUCACUGAAGCAAACUUCCUUCCAAUCCACUGGCUGUUACAUGAAAAGUCCACCCCCAGUGCCUAGUGCUGUAUAACAUUAGGCACAGAAUUGCAACUGGACUGUAGCGGCUUCAGUCCUUGGAUUGUUCUUGAUUUUCAGAAACCUGGCCACUCUCUUACAUAUUAGCCUGUCUUUCUGAAGAAGGAUGAACUUUAAAAGAAUAUCCCCGCUCACAAUUAAAGAAGAGUCGUUUUAGGGGAACGCUAUCAUCUGAAAUACUUCCACUACAGAUGGGGUUGAGUGGGGUUUCACACUUAAUUCAUACAGCAUACUAGUUUUUGAGACCAUCAAAACCUGUGCGCUAAACAUGAGCUGUAAAAUCCUAUCUUUUUUUUUUUAUAGGAGCGUACAAGAAAAAUGUACCAGCUACAUUCAUAACCAAAGUGUCCUUAACUGGUCAGCAAGAUGCAUGAUGUCCUAUUAUUUGAUGCUGUUUAAGUUAUGUGCAAUAUCUUCUGAGAGAACCAGGUCUUGUUUGAUUGUUUUCAUGCCGACGUGGUUUCAAAUAUGUAUAUCACUGAUAUGAAGUAGUAUACUAACUUCUGUGCAAUAGGUAUGGCCUGUUUAAAUAUUCAUUCUUGUGACCUAGCACUUCAUAUUCAUAGAAAUAUUCAUUCUUGUGAAUUCAUUCUUGUGACCUAGCACUGUUGUUAUCCAAUUGACUGGUUUUUAAACAAAGUGGGGAAAAAUGUAAAAACAAAACCAGAAGAAAUGUUGCUUAUGGAGAAAUGGUGUCUGUAAUUUCCAAAACCAUGUGCUUUAUGGAAUAACUGCUAAUGGGGAAAAAUAUAGCUGUGUGCACAUGCACACUUUAAAAAUUUUUUAUUUUUAUUUUGCUAUUAACAUUAUUGCUUUUCUUGGAAAACAAAGCAUUUGAUUUAAAAAAUGAUCAUAUUCAUUUCAAGGUAUCAGUCUUAAACCACAGAAUAACUGCAAUAAGUGUUGCAGUGUCAACACUUCUUAAAACGAACUAUUAAAUACUUUGACCUGCUUUUUUGGUAAACGGUCAUAAAAAAUUGGUUUAAUUUGGUACAGUUCUUAGUUUCAGCAGUUUUUUUUUUAAAUAUUCUUUUUGAGGACCUUGGAUUGAGGGAAAUAAACAUUUCUAGAUGGCUUUGAAACCACUUGCAUGAAUGUGUCAAAACCAAACUCAAAUAUCUUGCUUUCAAGUUUUCUAGUUUAAAAAAACUUGGUUACAGAGUUGAGGUUUGAUUGCAAUGAAGUAGUUGAGAUUUAAAAAAUAUUCUCAAAGUAAAGCGAGUGAAUGGCUUAAAAAAACACAGCCCUGAGACGAGUUGUUACCCUUGUACUGUUGUAUUAAUAAUGCUGCAGAGCAGUCUGAGACUUCUAUUCCUAAUGGUAUGUUAGGUAUAACUUGAAAUUUUGGUACAGUAUCUUGGUUUAAUGGGAAAUGGAAGGAGGCUUUGAACAGAUUUUAAAAGUUUCUAUUUAUAAAAAAAAAAAAAAAAAAAAAGCUUAAGUGUGACUGACUGCUUGUGACUGGAGUAUUGAAUUUCUGUAGUGAAUAAAUACUGUUUUGAAAUAGUUGAAUGAAUCAGUUAAGCAAACUUUCAGCUUCUUUUAUUUGGUAUGUAUAUCAUCAAAAUGGGCCCCAAAAUGUAAGUUGCUAUCUCUUACACUUCAUAUUGCUAAAACUUAAAAAAUAAAUAAAAAUGAUUUGCAAA